AUGUCCUCCUCCACCCCCCCAAAACCAAACCGGACCACAAUCGAAUCCGCACAGGCAACCCUGUACGAAGAAGGCACAAAACUGCGCCAAGACAUCCUCGGCGUCCAGCACAUCGCCGCCUCCCAAGCCCUCCCGGACUUCCAGCAGCCCGUGCAGACCAUGGCCGUUGUCGCGGGCUGGUCGCUGUGCUGGACGCGCCCGGGGCUGGAGCGCAAGACCCGCUCGCUGCUGUGCCUUGUUAUGCUUGCUGUCCUGGGGAGGGAUUCCCAGCUCGCGGGGCAUGUCAAGGGUGCGGUUGCGAAUGGGUGUACUGAGGAGGAGAUUCGGGAGGCGCUUUUGCAGGUCUCAGUUUACGCGGGGGUUCCGUGCUCGUUGAAUGCGACGAAUGUUGCCUGGAAGGUUUUGGAGGAGAUGAGGGAGGGGAAGUAG